CAUUUUCAGUGACUACAUACAUCGCAUUCACAUUUUUCUCAGAUACUCUCCUUCACUCCUCUCAACAGACUCGUCUCCUCUCUCAACGCCGGGGUUUUUUUCCCCCCUUACUUUCCUUCGCUUGCUCUCCAUCCGAACAAAACCUCGAAUCAGUCUUACCUGGAUUCUUUGAACUCAUCGCAUUCUCUCGUCGUUUUGCUGCCGGAAGUCCACGCGAUGAACUUCUGGAGCUCGCGCUUUGCUUAGUUUUCUUCGAUUUCGAACCCUCACUACUUGGCUACUGUUCGAGGUGGUUCAAUUUGAUCGGGAGUGGACUGAGAUUUUGCGCGGAGAAUAGGAGCUGAGGUUUUGAGGUGUUUCAUUUCAAUGCCUGUACUGUGGCGCAUGUGAGGUGAGCGGUGGCUGAUUUGAAGGUUUUGGCUGCUGUGAAAGGAGGCUUUGCGUUCUUGGUGGAGGUAAUCUGGCAAUGUGUGUGUGGAGAGAUGGACGUGCUCUAGGGAUGAUGUAGGGGACGAUUUUGUUCAGCUGUUUAUGGCCAUGACUGCGGGGAUGGAGCAAUCAGGGGCUGGACGGGCGGAGAGAGACGUAGAAUUGGCCAUCACUGCUCUUAAAAGAGGAGCUCAGUUGCUGAAGUAUGGACGCAGAGGGAAGCCCAAGUUUUGCCCCUUUAGGCUGGCUAAUGAUGAAUCUGUUCUGAUAUGGUUAUCUGGGAAAGAGGAGAAGCACCUUAAACUAAGCCAUGUAUCUAGAAUUGUACCUGGUCAGCGAACUCCAAUAUUUCAGAGGUAUCCUCGACCAGAGAAGGAGUACCAGUCAUUUUCUCUUUUAUAUAGUGACAGAUCUUUGGACAUGAUAUGUAAGGAUAAAGACGAAGCUGAAGUAUGGUUUACCGGUCUAAAAGCACUAAUAUCUCGUGGCCAUCAACGUAGGGGCCAAGGAGAAUCAAGAAGUGAUGGACUUUCAUCUGAAGCAAACAGUCCUAAAGCUCAUACCCAAAGAACUUCUCCCUUGAGCUCACAACUUGGUAGUCGUGAUAGUUCACAGAAGGAUAGCGCAGAUUCCCUCCAUCUUCAAACCCCGUUUGAAAGCCCGCCUAGAAUUGGUUUGGAGAAGGCAAUCUCUGAUGUGCUAUUAUAUGCUGUGCCUCCCAAGGUUCUAUUUCCUCCACCCUCUGCUUGUGGUUCUGUUUCUCAUUCAUCGAGAGGCUCAGAUGGUAUUACUGGGCGCACAAAAGGUAUGGGUCUGGAUGCUUUUAGAGUCAGCUUAUCCAGUGCUGUUAGUUCAUCAAGUCAAGGCUCUGGUCAUGAUGAUGGUGAUGCUCUAGGGGAUGUUUUCAUUUGGGGGGAAGGCACUGGGGAUGGAUUUUUGGGUGGGGGAGUGCAUAGAUUUGGACGCUCUUCUUUGAAGAUGGAUUCUCCUGUUCCAAAAGCCUUGGAAUCUGCGGUAUUACUUGAUGUUCAGAACAUUGCUUGUGGUGGGCGACAUGCUGUUUUAGUAACAAAACAAGGAGAGGUUUUCUCUUGGGGGGAGGAAUUAGGAGGAAGACUUGGUCAUGGUGUCGAUUCUGAUGUCUCACAUCCAAAGCUUAUAGAAUUUCUCAAAAAAGCCAAUGUAGAACUUGUAGCAUGUGGUGAGUACCAUUCUUGUGCCAUUACGCUUUCUGGUGAUCUUUAUACAUGGGGUGGAAGUACUCAUGAUAUUGGUCUCCUUGGACACGGUAAUGGAGUCAGUCAGUGGGUUCCAAAAAGAUUAUGUGGCCCUUUGGAAGGCAUACACAUCUCAUCAGUUUCUUGUGGACCAUGGCACACUGCUGUUGUGACUUCUGCUGGGCAAUUGUUUACUUUUGGUGAUGGAACUUUUGGUGUGUUGGGACAUGGGGACCGAAGUAGUGUGUCAAUACCAAGGGAAGUGGAGUCUCUUAAGGGCCUUCGCACUGUACGGGCAGCUUGUGGUGUUUGGCACACCGCUGCAGUAGUUGAAGUCAUGGUUGGUUUUUCCAAUUCCAGCAAUUGCUCUUCAGGAAAGCUCUUUACGUGGGGAGAUGGAGACAAAGGGCAUCUUGGCCAUGGUGAUAAAGAACCUAGGCUUGUUCCAACAUGCGUUGCUGCUCUUGUUGAACCUAGUUUCUGUCAAGUUGCCUGUGGACACAGCCUGACUGUUGCACUUACAACGGCAGGACAUGUAUACACAAUGGGAAGUCCUGUUUAUGGUCAAUUAGGGAAUCCUCAAGCUGAUGGUAAGCAUCCUACACGUGUUGAGGGGAAGCUGAUGAAGAAUUUUGUUGAAGAAAUAUCCUGUGGUGAUUAUCAUGUUGCUGCUUUAACUUCAAGAACUGAAGUUUACACUUGGGGAAAAGGGGCCAAUGGUCGAUUAGGUCAUGGUGACACUGACGAUCAGAACUCCCCGUUAAUGGUUGACGCUUUGAAAGACAAACAAGUGAAAAGUAUUGUUUGUGGUUCUAGUUUUACUGCAGCUAUCUGUCUCCAUAAGUGGGUAUUGGGUAUUGAUCAAUCAAUGUGUUCUGGUUGUCGCCUUGCCUUUACUUUCAAAAGGAAGCGUCACAAUUGUUAUAAUUGUGGACUUGUUUUUUGCCAUGCGUGCAGUAGUAAAAGAUCUCUUAAGGCUUCCAUGGCUCCAAAUCCAAACAAACCUUAUCGUGUCUGUGAUAAUUGUUUUGGCAAACUGAGCAGAUCCACUGAAUUUGACCUUUCUCGCCCUGCUCCAAGUAGGAAAGGAAGUGUGGAUCACGAAACACUUGAAGCCCAGAAAAAUAGUGAAACUUUGGAUUCAAGGACUCGGGUGCACCUAGGAAGGAAUUUAUCUCUGGAAGUGUAUAAAGAAGAGGAAAGUGGAUCUUCUCAUAGAAGCAAGAAUAGUACUCGCAUUUCACCUCUUCCAAACGGAGCUUCUCACCGCAGUGCAUUUAAUAGCUCUAAAUCAUUUGGGUCAUCCAAAAAGUUUUUCUCCGUUUCUCUUCCUGGAUCAAGAAUUGUGUCGAGAGCAACCUCUCCUACCUCGAGACGAUCGAGCCCGCAACGUGCCACAACCCCUAAACCAAACCAUUCGCUGAAUGUUUAUUCAAAAUCUACUGCAGAUGACGCUAAGAGGAAGAAUGAUAGUCUGGGUGAAGAAGUUCUUAAAUUAAGUUCUCAGGUUGAAGAACUUACUCGUAAAACUCAACUACAAGAAGUUGAGCUUGAAAGAACCUCCAAAGAGCUCAAGGAGGCGAUUGCAGUUGCAGGGGAAGAGGCUGCAAAAUGCAAAGCUGCAAAGGAAGUAAUUAAGUCGCUAACUGCCCAACUGAAGGACUUGGCUGAAAGUUUACCCGUUGGAGCACCGCGAAAUAACUAUUCACCCUCUCAUUCUUCUAGCCCCACUACAGUGGAUGUGUUUUCUAGCACAGGGAAACAACUGAGCAUUCCCAUGAGUUGCCACGACCCAGAUUCAAAUGGAUCAAACAGCCAGGUGAUUUCUUAUGGAUCAGCUACCAGUAAUAAUAACACUUCAUGCCACUCUGAACUGGCACAUUCAGAAGCAAGGAAUAAAGGCAGAUCAACAAAAGCUGAAACCAGCCAAGGAGAUGAAUGGGUUGAGCAAGAUGAACCUGGUGUUUACAUUACUCUUGUUGCUUUGCCUGGAGGAGGCAAAGAUCUUAAACGUGUGCGCUUCAGUCGGAGGCGGUUCAGUGAGAAACAAGCGGAGCAGUGGUGGGCUGUGAACAGAGCUAGAGUAUAUCAGCAGUAUAAUGUUCCCAUGGUAGAAAAGGCUGGUCUUGGCAUUGGGAAGGAAACAUUAGUUCACUAACCUGCCAUACUCAUGAUCUGUCUAACACGGUAAUUCCAUAUCCAGGAAUUCGCAGCCCAGAAUUUCUAUGAUGGCAGGAUACCCGGGAUUUUCACACUAAGAGGAGUGGGUGGUUUAUAUUUUCAUCACCUAGGCCUUGCCUUUUCUUUUUUCCUGUGAACAGUUCAGCUGCAUCCUUCUAGUAGGAGUGUAAAUGCCUUGUAAGUAGGUUGUGGCUUUGAAUUCAAGACUGCUGCCUUGUAUAUGCAUGAGGAAACACUCAUUCAGAUUGUAUAGCAUUCAAAGUGACAGUCUUCUACAUUGUCUCUCUCAAUUAGAACAUCCCUUUCAAUGCUUAUCUUCGCCAUGAUCCUUUGUUGUGGCAUACUGGCAUUUCGUGCAA